AUGACACAGUCGAGAAAAGAACUCAGUAUUGCUUGUAGUUAUUUGUUACGAUUAAUUAAACCACAUGUCGAUCUAUCAGUCGAACAAAUCAAUGUUUUUAAACGUACUUUUUAUGAUGUUCUAUCGAAACGUUUCGUUGGACACUGGUUUCCAGCAACGCCUCACCGCGGAAGCGCUUAUAGAUGUCUACAAACAAAAAAUUGGAAAGAUCCAGUGCUUAUAUCCAUCGCCGAACGUUCCCGUUUGCCGCUGCAUCGAUAUCUACCUAUCACAUUCACAAUGUGGAUUGAUCCAGGUGAAGUAGCCGUUUGCUUUGGUGAUGAAGGUACAUGGUGUCCAUUAUUUAAACAUGAUGAUGGUGAUGAUGAUAUACAUCAAACAUAUAGUGAUGGAGAAGACUCGAAUUCAUUUUCAACAUCCAAUGAUGCAUUGGUUCAAAAUAUGACAAAUUUGAACAUAAAUAAUAAGAAUGUUUUGUCAACAGAUCAUUUGUCAAAUGAGAUUUCGAAGAAUACGAAUACGCAGACAGAAACAACGAGUGAUACGAUUUAUUCGCAGUCGGAACUGAACGAUUGGAAUAUGCAACAGAAUCAUUUCUGGUCACAACAACAGCUGACUAUGAUCGAUGGACUUUUACAAGGAGACAAUUUCUAA